UGUGGUUGUGUUGUGAUUUGUUGGUGAUGUGAUAAAAGUUGCUGUUGCUGAUUAUCGCUUGUCAAACAAAAGUAAAUACGAAAAAAUGGAAAAAGAAGGAAUCGUCAGCUCAAGGUCAGAUAGAGAUCUCAAAAAGAAAGUUAUCUCACCGGGCGACUUUACGUUAGUACCAUACGAAGAUUCUCGCUGUAAAAUUGUUUUGUCAAAUGUGACGUGCAAUAGCCCAGUCGGCAAAUCUGAAAUAGAAACAGAAAGUAGAAUAUUUAGUAAAGACUUCGAUGGAAAUGUGCUAAUAGGAGACACUGACUACUAUAUUGAUAAAGAUUUUGAGUUGAUUUUACAGCAAAUGUGCUGCGGUGAGAUCUGUGAAGCUAGUUUGCUGUAUAGAGAUCAUGACGGAGCUCUGAUGAAAGAGAUCACAUGUAGAAUUGAGUUGAAAGAAGUUACUGAAGAGCAACUGGUCAGUGACUGGAGUUGGGAAAGACUGUUUGAAUCUGCAACACACCACAAAGAAUGCGGUGUACUAUUGGUAAAACAAAAAAGACUCACCGAUGCCUUUAGGAGAUUUAGCAAAGCUCUUAAAUUCUUAAUAGCAAUUGAACCUAUAGACCCUGAAGUCCUUAAGGAAGAAAACAUAAAGGAUAUUAUUGAUUUGAAGGUUAAAUUAUACAAUAAUCUAGCUCAUCUACAGCUGCAGUACAAUGAAUAUGAGCCAGCCCUAGAGUUAUGUAACCGUGCUCUACAGUAUGAUCCAGAAAACCCUAAAGCAUUGUACAGACGAUGUACUGCUCAUAUAGGAUUGCAGCUCUAUGAGGAAGCCUGGACAGAUAUACAACAUGCUCUCAAGCUAGACCCAUCAGAUAAAGCAGCUUUAAAUAAGGCCAACUCACUGAGACCCAUCAUAGAGAAAAUUAACAAAAAUUACUCUGAUGUUAUAAAAAAGAUGUUUGGUUGAAUUACAUAUUUGAGUAGCGAUUUAAGUCAUUAAACUGUAAGAAAUACAUCAUCAAAAUUCCA